AAUCACGUCCGUCAAAAAAUCAAGUCCACUCCGCCGCCGGACAGCGAAUCUGCGUGAAAGUUUGCAAACAUCAGUGAAAAGAACACGCAGCCGAAGUAAAAAAGUGAAAUUUUGUCCCUAUUUCCCAUCAAAUAUCAGCCAGAAGUACCUACAAACGCAAUGGCCGACGUGCUCGACAUCUACAACCACGAAGAAUUCGAAGUGGACGAAGACGGAGACCAGGGCAUCGCCCGGCUCAAGGAAAAGGCCCGCAAGCGAAAGGGACGCGGAUUUGGCAACGAAAGCAUUCCGCGCGAGGCCAUCGACUACGAACGGCUGCAGGACGACGAGGAAGAGGCCGAACCCGGUCCGCAACGUUCCGUCGAGGGUUGGAUCCUGUUUGUGACGUCGAUUCACGAGGAAGCCCAGGAGGACGACAUACAGGAGAAGUUCUGCGAGUUUGGCGACAUCAAGAACAUACAUCUGAAUUUGGAUCGUCGAACCGGGUUCUUGAAGGGCUAUGCUCUGGUUGAGUACGAAACCUACAAGCAAGCGUUAGCGGCCAAGGAAGCCCUGAACGCAUCUGAGAUUCUGGGACAGACCAUCGCCGUUGAUUGGUGCUUUGUGAAGGGACCCAAGAAGCUGAAGAAAUCCUCCGGGGAGCGCAGGCGAAGAUAAAUUGAAGCGCGAGUAAUAUUCAACUUUAUUAAUUUAAUAACCGACUCCCAGAAUAAUUUGUAUUUAACAGGAAAUAUGUAAUAAACUGAGCAUUACACACUAAUCUUCACAA